UAUCCCUGUUGAAUUGGUUCAGUUUCGGAGGCCAAAGAGUGGUUGAGGCAGGCUGCCAUGGAGCUUGCCACCAGCUUGGUGACCUUGAGCUUGAGGUGGACAGCAUACAGUAGAGCUGCGGAUCGGAGCUGGAGGCCAGCCAUGGCAUCCAAACGUGGAGCUAGACUGAUGGUCUCUGCAGGUUGCAAGACAUGCAAAGGAAAGGGUGCAGUAGAAUGCCCAGGGUGCAAGGGGACUGGCAAGAACAAGAAGAACGGCAACAUUUUCGAGAGAUGGAAGUGCUUCGAUUGCCAAGGGUUUGGGCUCAAGAGUUGCCCCAGCUGCGGCAAAGGAGGGCUCACACCCGAGCAGAGAGGGGAAAGAUAAAUGCUCUAGAGGCAACAGACAUUCUCAGAUUCAGACAGUGCUCUUCCCUGCUGCCUGCCACUCUGCUUAAUAAUCGUCGUUAUCAACUACUAGUAAUAUUCGUCAUCUAGAUUAGGUGUUGAAGACAUGGAGUGCAAGAUACUGUCUCUAUCUGGGCCAAAACAUACUCGUACCUGCUCGAAAUAUGUAAUGCAGUGCUGUAUGUACAUCUUUUCAGAAACACAAAUAUGUAGCAUGUGUAUGUGUAUACCUUGGCUUGGGGUGCUUAGUGAAGGACUGAAGGGAUCUCAUUUGCAA